AUGACCUCGCAAUACGUCACCGAACCACCCACCUCCGGGCUCGUCCACCUCGUCACCUCCAAAGGCACCAUCCCCAUCACCCUCUUCUCCCACGAAACCCCGCUCGCCUCCCGAAACUUCCUCACCCUCGCCCUCGAAGGCUUCUACGACAACCUCCUCUUCCACCGUCUCAUCCCCAACUUCAUCCUCCAAACCGGCGAUCCCUCCGCCACCGGUCUCGGCGGCGAAUCCAUCUACGGCGAACCUUUCCCCGUCGAAUCGCACUCCCGCUUGAAGUUCAACCGCAGAGGCCUGCUCGGUAUGGCUGCGAGCGAUGAAAAGACCAACGAGAGUCAGUUCUUCCUGACGCUGGACGCUACACCGGAGCUGCAGGGAAAACAUACGUUGAUGGGCAAGGUGGAGGGAAAGGGCAUCUAUACGUUGAUGGAGUUGGCCGAAGGGGUGGAGUUGGUGGAAGGGGAUCGACCGAGGUAUCCGAUCAGGUUGAAGGAGGUGAGGGUUGUGGAGAAUCCGUUUGAUGAUUUGAAGCCGAGAGUGACAAAGCAGCAGAGGAAGGAGGAGGAGAGGGCGAGAAAGGAGGAGGAGCAGAAGAGGAGGGAGGAGGAAGAAAAGAGCAAGAGGGGAAAGGUCAAGAAGAAUACGGCGUUGUUGUCGUUCGGUGCCGAGGAGGAUGGAGAGGAGAUGGCGUUGAAGGGUCCGAAGAGCUCACAUGAUCUGUUGCAGGAUCAGAGGCUGUCGAAGGACACGAUCGCAGCCAAGGGGAAGAAGGCGAGGAAGGCUGAUGAGGGAUCGACAUCAGCACAUGUCGCUGCGAGCGAGAUCCGAUCCAAAGACGCUUCGUCUUCUUCUUCUUUAGCCGCGCUACCGCCAGCAGCAGCAGCACAUACCAACGGUACAUCCCGCUCAUCCUCAAAGUCGUCCUCUGACGCCACCUCCAAACCCAACUCCAAAUCCGCCAAUCACUCCUCCUCGGCCCGCGACUUCCUCACCUCACAACGUGCCAAGUACCUCUCCCCUUCCUCCUCCUCCUCCUCCGCCAACAAACAAGAUUCCUCCUAUUCAGCCCUUCUCUCGUUCCAAUCGCGUCUUCGUACCCAAUCCACCUCCUCCUCCUCCUCUUCCAGCACGCUCAAACCCACUCCCACUGACAACGACGACGACGAAGAGGAAGCAAAGGAAUACGGUGCGAGCGACGACGACGACGACUGGCGAUCGCAUCGCCUCGACGCUGGUGGACGACCUUUACAGCAAGGUAGCGGAGGAGGAAAAGAUAGGAUCGAGGAUUACGAAGUGCUCGAUCCUCGAGAUCACGCCAACAAGCUCGAAGAAAAGCGAAGGAGGGAGGGGAAGAGAGGGAGAGAUUGGGUCGAGGAUGAAAGACGAUAUCGCGGGGACGAUCGACGUAGUUUUCACGAUGACAGGAAUAGAGGGGGUGGUAGGACAGCGAGACGUGGUGAGGAUGGAAGGAGAUAUCGCAGCAACGGUGACGGUGAUAGACGUGACAGGUCCGAUAGAGAUCGAAGUCAUCCCAGGCGGGGUUAG